GGGGCGCUGCGCAGCUCCGCGCUCGGAGAGCCUCGUGCCUCGAAUCUCUCUGCGCGGCGUGAGGGAGAAAGGGGAGUGAUGGGCAACACGGUGCACAAGACCUUGGCAGACACAAGUCAGCAGGCACGCUCGGUAUCUCACAGGCCUUAUUACACCCUGCCCAAUGGUAGCCAUGAGAGGCGGUCCGUCGUCACCAUUGCUGAGCCUCCGCGAUUCCAUUUCCAGGCCAAAGGAAAAAACAUACGCCUGGAUGCCCAUUCUCGCAAGGCCACCCGGAGGAACAGUUUCUGCAACGGAAUCACUUUCACCAACCGUCCCAUUCACCUGUAUGAGAAAGUGCGACUCAAGCUGGUGUCCGUGCACCAUGGAUGGAGUGGGGCACUGCGCUUUGGUUUCACCACUCAUGAUCCAUCGCAGAUGAGUGGAGAUGACAUACCGAAGUAUGCCUGUCCAGACCUGGUGACACGGCCAGGUUUCUGGGCCAAAGCUCUGCCAGAGAGGUUUGCACUAAGGGACAACAUCCUGGCAUUCUGGGUUGAUCGCCAUGGGAGAGUUUUCUAUAGCAUUAACGACGAAGAGCCAAUUCUGUUUCACUGCGGCGUCAAAGUCUCCGGGCCUCUCUGGGCACUGAUAGAUGUCUAUGGAAUCACCCAUGAAGUGCAAAUACUGGAUGGUAUGUUUGCCGAGACAAUGACCUCCACCCGUCUCAGCAACGCACGACUCAGCACUUGCCUUCCACAGACCAGCCAUGAUUCAGCCAACUUUAACAACAAUGAACUAGAGAACAACCAAGUGGUGGCCAAAAUUGCCAAUCUGAACUUGAAUCGUAUGCCUGGGCUGCCAACAGAUAACCACACCAUCCCUUGCUGCCCAAGCAGGCGGCAGCUUGCCCAAGUGGUGCCUGCUUUUCUAGAUACAGAUCUGCGUUUCCACCCUACCCAUGGCCCUGACAUUAACUUUUCUCAGGACCGGAUGUCUGCCUGCACCAACUGGCAAGAGAGCAAUAGGACUUUGGUGUUUUCUGACCGACCUUUGCACAUUGGUGAAAGCCUCUUUGUGGAAGUAGGACACUUGGGGCUGCCGUAUUAUGGGGCCCUCGCAUUUGGCAUCACCUCUUGUGAUCCAGGUACUUUACGGACAAAUGAGCUCCCAGCCGAUCCAGACUUCCUUCUGGAUCGCAAGGAGUACUGGGUGGUUUGCCGAGGGUUCCCAGUCCUCAACAAUGGAGACAUCCUCAACUUUGUGGUCUUGCCAAAUGGAGAAGUGCACCAUGGAAUAAAUGGGAUAAGCCGAGGGAUGCUGAUGUGCGUCGAUACCUCCCAAUCGCUGUGGGUAUUCUUCACGAUCCAUGGUGUAAUCAAUCAGCUCAAAAUAUUAGGCACAGUGCAGUCUAGCCCUGUGACUGUCUCCCCCUCAGGAUCCCCUGGAGGCUCACAGUAUGACAGCGAUUCAGACAUGGCUUUCAGUGUGAACAGGUCUUCGUCUGCUUCUGAGUCGUCCCUAGUGACUGCUCCGAGUUCUCCUCUGAGCCCUCCGGUGUCUCCUGUGUUCCCACCUCCAGAGCCUUCGAGCAGCAAGAACGGCGAGUGCACCGUUUGCUUUGACAAUGAGGUGGAUGUGGUGAUCUACACCUGUGGACACAUGUGCCUCUGCAACACCUGUGGUCUUAAGCUGAAGAAGCAACUCAAUGCCUGCUGCCCAAUCUGCCGACGGGUCAUCAAAGACAUUAUUAAAAUCUACCGCCCUUAACCUCACCCCCACCCACCUCAGGGUGUGAAUGGUGAGGGGCAGGAGGAAGAAUGUUGUUAGCAAUUACCACACCUUACCAUCCCUGCUUAUGGGUUAUUGUGCUGGUCGGUGGUUACUGAGUGGCUCUCUUGUCUGCAUUUCCAUGUUUUGACCAGUAGAAACAAAUCAGGGAUAACUAAGUGAACUGGGGAACACUCUAGUCCUUGUAGAGACUGAAGGUACAGCUGCAUAGUGGGGAGCGCUUGGUAAAAAUGCUGCUCUACUGGUUUAAAAGGGGAGGGGGCACAUGGACGGAGAAUUGUCCCGUGCAGUUGCUCUUAUUAAAACAUACAGCUAUCUCUUCUCAGGAAUCGUAUUUGAGAAAUCAAUCACUGAACCAAUUUUUAAAAUUCUGGGCAUCUUCCUUACUGUAAUCAUGGAACAUAACCAAUGUUUUGUUCAGAGGUCAUCGUAUGCACCUGGAUAUUUGCCCAUUUCAAGGCAUUUCCCCCCUUUUCCUAAGUCGAGAGUGAGAGUAUGAGAGAAAGGAAGGUCUAAUUAGUGAAUCCAUAUUUCAAAUCAACCUUAAGAAAGAAUGUGGUCUUAAACUAUUUUUUUUAUUGAAUUGAUUUCCAUUUUCCAACGUGGCCCAUGGUUUAGUGCAUCCGGUUGCCUCUGAGACAAUCAUACAACUGUAAAUGUCCUCCAAAGUAAAUGACCACCUUUUCUUCUUCUGUAAGUUGCAACUUGAAGCUUCCUGCUGUUCUGCUGAGCAAAUGCUAAGCAUUUCGUGAUGGGGAGAGUUUAAAUUUAUGUCUCUGCAUGCAGAAGAGCAACACUGUAUGCCGUGGAUGUUUGCAAGGCCCAUAGCCAAGCUUCAAAACAUAGAGAUUUCCUUAGAACGAGGCUGCAGAGGAGGGAGGCUGAUGGAGAAUUUAGAAUUUCAAGCUUCCAGAGUUUCCUUAUUUGUGAACACAGCUGAUUGAUGUUUUCCUCCAUUCGUCCCCAGAGAUUUUGUCAACAAAGUAUGCUGCAAUUUCUUCCUCUCCAGGAAGCUGUCUUCUAUUCCACAAUACAGGCAUCUUACUGAAGUCAAAAAGCUUUUCACUUGGCAUUGUUUGUUGGAAAAAGAAUUUGUAAGCUAUUAUUAGCUACUUGGACUUAAAAGAUAAGUGAAUUUUGGUUGUGGUGUUUGGCAGCUCUGAAUUGUGGUAGCUUGAAUUCUGUGUGAAACAUUAUUGGACUUUAGGUUAGAGGUGCCAUGCAAGCAUUAAAACAACUUGGGUCUGGCCCAUUUACUUACUCCUCUUUCCAUCAACAGACCUUGUAUGGCAGAAUUCUUUUGCAUUGCACACAACUGUGGCCGCUUUUCACUCAUCCGUAGACAACCUGCCCCUUUCUUCUUAGCAGAAGCCUGCUGUGAAGAAAUCUUAACUAUUUAGAUGGGACAGCUGUGUCUACCUUCGUAUUAGGUACUGCAUUCCAGGCUGCAACAGAUGCUUGCCAAAGCUGAACUCCUUGUAUAUAAGCCGCUUUAUGAUCUGAUCCAAUGAUUCCACUGUGCGGGAGCAGCUUACAGGGUGCCACAGAGAUUAAUAUAUCACAAAUACUCUUUUUCCCUCCUGGCAGGGAUAGGACCCCAUCGCAGCCCUGACAACAGGGCUGCAUUGAUUUUAUCACUGAACUUUUGUGCUCUCUCUUUCAGGGGAAUGGUAGGUUUGCUUUCCCCCCCCUUUAUGGCAUACUCAGAGGCUUGGUGAUUCAUCAGGGAGAUGUAAACUAGUUCAAACUACUUUGGCCAUAUACUGAUAAGGCAUGUAGAUCACUUGGUAAGGAAAGGAUCAUAAUUAAAACUGCAGGGCUGC